AUGGUGUCGUGGAGUGAUGGGUCGGAUAGCAGCGAGCACACCAGGCAGUACAUGAGCUCAGAUUCCGACGACGGCACCAUUAAGGUUCCUGCUAGCACCGAAGACUCAGAUUUCGAGGGCCCUGAGACAGAUAUGUAUGUUUUGUGCCGUGGACACGGGAAGGCAGCAGAAAGGCGUGUUGCUUUCGAAGGGAUUCACACUGGCAGGAGGUUUCUUUGUUGUGCAGAGAAGGAAGGUAAAAACUGUGGACUAGUAGAAUGGAUUGAUCCAUCUUGGCCCACUACCCUUGAGAAUGCACUGUCCAAGUUGUGGUCUAUGUAUGAACAGAGUAAGAUGGACAGGAAUGAGGAAUGUCUGAUGCAUUCAUUUACUGUUCAUGACCUGACACAAGAGAAGAAGAAACUCCAGGCCAGCUAUGAGAAGUUGGUUGAAGAUGUCAAUGCACUUAUGGAUGCCCAGGAGCAGAGGGCGGUGAUAGAAAGGAAAGAUGCUGAAACAACCAAGUUGCAGGAGAAGUAUGACACGUUGAAGAACAUAGCAGCUGCUCAAGGUACUGUCAUUAGGAACAUGAAGUUGAAGCUAGCUAAAGAGAAGAAGAAUUUGCAGAUCCACAUUGAUGAGCUCAAGAAGACAGUUGAAGAGAGCAAUGUGAAGCUGGAGGGGAUCAAGGCCAUCAUAAAUGGAUAA